UGACAUCACCUGUGUGCACACGGCUGCGUCUUCCCCGCCUGCUGGCCGUCUCUGCUGGCCUUCCCACACCCUCCUCUCGGUGGCCUCUCCGUCUGCAGAGUCCUCGGCCUGCCUGUCUUCCCGUUAUUGCCUCCCUAGGGCACCCUGCCUUGCCCUGUCUUGACGUUAUUACUCCCCCUCUCUCCCCUCUUGGGUUCCUCCGCUCUCUUUCUGCCUGUGUCCCCGACUUGUGUUCCGAUGGUCCCCCUGUGCAGUCUCUAUUUUUAUCCCUCUGACACACCCCUGUGUCCACCUCUCUGCUGUCCUCCCCACUCCUCUUCUUCGGCACCAGCUCCGGGUCCCAAUUAGUUGGUGGCGGCCGCAGCAGUAGAGGCCCCACCAUGCUUCUCAUUACCGCUGGCGGCUCCUAAUGAGCGUGGGGUGGAGUGACCCCGCGCCCCCAGCCCGGCCUGCGUCACUGCCAAGGCGGGGGUUGUGCGGGUAUAUAAGGGGGGUGUGAGCACCGCUCCCCGAGCCCGCUGCACGGUCAUGGAGACCUGCCAGGUGUCCAGGAGCCCCCGGGAGCGGCUGCUGCUGCUUUUGCUGCUGCUCCUGCUUGUGCCCUGGGGCACCGGCCCUGCCUCAGGUGUUGCCCUGCCCCUCGCUGGUGUGUUCAGCCUCCGCGCUCCCGGCCGGGCCUGGGCGGGCUUGGGUGCUUCCCCGGCUCGACGCAGCCUGGCGCUAGCGGACGACGCAGCCUUUCGGGAGCGCGCGCGCCUGCUGGCCGCCCUGGAGCGCCGCCGCUGGCUAGACUCGUACAUGCAGAAGCUGUUGCUACUGGACGCGCCCUGAGCCCAAUAAAGAGCCUGC